AUGUUCUCGCGCGCGACGUUACUGCUACUAUCGGCGCUUCCCGCCCUUGCAGGAAUGGCGGGGGGCGAGGUGGUGUCGGUUGUGACGGGGGCCGCGGCGCCUGCCUUCGUUCCUCACCAACAGACGCUGGUGGUGGCGCCGCUCGGCCACGCCGCCUCAUUGGAUUGUACAGUCUACAGGCUUUUAGACAAGUCGGUGUCGUGGGUGCGCUCUCGGGACCUGCAGAUUCUGUCGCACGCCGGCGUGGUGUUCACGGCGGACGCGCGAGUUUCGGCCACCUCCGGCGUAGAGGGCGCGGGGUCCAGCCGCCACUCGCUGCGCAUCGAACGACUGCGCGCCAGCGACGCAGGCCGCUACGAGUGCCAGGUCAACACUGAGCCCAAGAUGAGCCUGUUCUUCAACCUCACAGUCGUAGAUGAGCCCGUGCCGACGGUGGUGGUAUCGGCGGUGGGCCCCAGCACGGUGCUGGGCGUGGAGGGCGGCGCGGCCACACUGGCGUGCGAGGCGCGCUACGAGCCGCCGCCGCGACAACUGCCACUCGCAGCGCUCGAAGUGCGCUGGCACCGAGGCGACGAGCUUAUCAACUUGCAGAGUUCCCGGGGCGGCGUGUCGCUGGACACGGAGCGCUGGGCGGCGCGGUCGCUGUCGCGCCUGACGCUCGCGGAGCUGGGCGCGCCCGACGCCGGCGAGUACGUGUGCGCCGCCGCGGGCCGCGCCGCCGCGCUGCGCCUGCGCGUGCAGCGCCCCACGGAGAUGAGCGCGGAGGCGAUGCAGCGCGACGAGGGCGAGCCGGCGCCGGGCCGCGCUGCGCCCCCCGCCGCCGCCGCCCCCCCCGCGCUGCUCCUCCUGGUGCUGGCGGCAGGCGUGCGGUGA